CAUGGACUUUGACAGGAGCUCCGCGUGGAAUAUGACGCAGCCUGAACGUCUGAGAGUGUAUUUCAGGAUUCAUUUUAUUAUAUGCAUUGGUCAGCGAACGGCGACUGACAGACACCACCCAAAAUGACAUUUAUUUUUAUAUAAUCACAACUAUAUUUGUAUGUCUAACGUUUGUAUUUAUAUAUCCUAACAUUAGGUCAUUUGAUUAUUUUUGUGUAGGCCUAUUUAAGUUCCUUUUCGGGCUGGAUUGCGGAAAAGCAUCGAUAAGUGUUUUUAAUUCCUUUAAUGAAGAUGAAAAUAUAUCAAGAAAUAUGCGUCUUCUUCGUAUCUUUGUCGGCCCCGGUCCUACUUUACGUUAUGAACAACGUUCCAACUUUUCAUGAGCCGUUCGUCAUACUGGGCACUGGGCUGGUGGUAUCGGGGGCCGUGUCUCUUCUUGCGUUUCUCUCGGCACAGCGUAAACAACCCAAAGAUAUCCUCUUCUACGUGUGUGUCCAGUUUGCUUUCACGUCAGUCUUGAAGCUGACCAAUGCUUUGGAGCAGGACGGCUUCACGUCAGGGUUCGUGGGAUUUUACCAAAGAAAGGGGGAGCCAUGCAUGGUGACCGCUUAUGCCAUCAUGAUGUGCUACUGGGACGGUGUGGUGCACUUCCUCCUGUAUCUUCUGCUGCUGCAUCACAGGGCAAAGGCGAAGCUGUACCGUGGUAUGGGGCUCUUUUGGGCCGGGUCUUCCUUCGCCAGCAUGUCUGUCUUCAUCCCUGGAAGUGUCAUUGGCAAAUACGGCUCAAAUAUAUAUCCAGCCUUCUGGCUGAACGUGCUGCUCCUGCUGGGGUCCGUGUGGGUGGCAGCCUCGCUGCUGUCCAGCCUAAGAGAGCUGCCGGUGGUUCCCGCUGAUGAGGUCGAGUCUGUACAGAGAAAAACCCUCCUGACCCGGCCCACCGACCUGCUCCUGAUGACCUUCCUCUUGGGCGCGAUGGUUUUCACGGUGUUCCGUGGCCUUGUAGUUCUUGAUUGUCCCCUGGAUUCCUGUUUUAACUACAUCUACCAAUAUGAACCAUACCUGAAGGACCCAGUCGGCUAUCCUAGGGUCAUGAUGCUGGUCUACCUAUUCUAUGGCCUACCACUGAUGGCUGCAUUUGUCUAUGGGCUUGUAACACCUGGUUGCACUUGGAUGCUGGACUGGACGGUGCUAUUCGCUGGGUUCAUGGCUCAGGCGCAGUGGUGCCACAUCAGUGCGUCGCUACACCCGCGCACCCCCUACACCUACAGAAUCCCAGAGGAGAAGUGGCAGGCCGUGCUGCUGGCCAACCUGGGGUAUGUGACGGCGCCGCUCCUGUUGGGCCUCCGCUGCAUCUGGAGCCCCGCCUUCUUCAUGAAGACCGUCCCUCCAGGACAGGUCACCAAAGAGAAGAAGAGUGACUGACAAAACAAGCCCCCCCCUCCACACACACAAAACAAAUACACCAGCCUUAUAAAAGAAACCAUAUACUCCAAAAAAAUAACCAAAAAUUAACAGGUUACUGUGAGAGAUUAUUUAUUACAUUAUGAUACCCUGGUGGAAAUGCAUCACUGAAACCAAACCCCUGUUCCUCACCACAGUAAACUGGUUCCUACCAACUAAUGUCGACAUUACUGAAAAUUUCUCCUCUCUGCUUGGACCAUUGGACUUUUAACAGCACAUAAGCAAUAACUUCCUUUUAUCUUAGAAACUAAUGACUCAUGGGUUUGUCACACCUGAAUAUAUAUAAAUCCACAUUAUGCCCCCUCAACCAGGUUGAUUUCGACUCUGACGCUUAAAUUGUGGCACAGUUCCCCCACAGUACAGCAUUUGUACUGCAGAUUGUUCUAGAGUACUGGUUUCUGCACCUAACCCGAGAAGAAGUGGUUUCCAGUUUGCCAGUAUGCGGUGAGUGGUGAAAGCGCAGCAUUCCCAGUGUCCACCAGACCACCAGGGAUAAUUUUCCAAUUAAAAAUACCUGCAGGAUUCCAGGAUAACCAGGUUGAUAAUAUCACUCAGGCAAGUGAAGCUAGACUGUUCCAAAAUGUAAUUGAUACAGACGUCAGAAGAGAACAGAAUAUAAGAUGGACUUGAUUCAAGCCAUUGAAUCACUGAGCACACCUUUGCCCUAUUGUGAGCUCAUGUACCUUGUGGACUGGAUUGUGAAAGGUGAUGUGUGUUAGUCUACCUCUGAGGAAACAAAGUCAGAGGUCCAUCAGAUAUCACUGAAUGACAAAGGAUCAUCAUUGUGUAGUUUAAUGGAUCAUGCCACAGUGUGUAUCUAUCUACUAUGUACUGCUGCACUUUGCCCUCUUUGCCUUGUCUUGUAGAUACAAGAAAAUCACUUUUAUAAACACUUUCCAGCUCACUGUUCUGUUGCAGAUGCAAUAACAAGGAAAAUGUAACAUUUUCCUAACUCUUCUAUUGCCAUUCCCAUGUUUUUUCCAUCCGGAUCAUGAGUAUAAAAUCAGGUGUAGAAAGAAAGUGGCCCAUUGCGAUUUUAUUGCCAUUUUUUCUACCAUGUGUAUGAUCUUAAUUUCAUGAUUACAAAAUGCUCAACGUUUCUGAAAAUGUUUACUGGAUGUAGAUAAACUUCCGAGGUUUGGGAAGACCACUGAAUUUCAAAUGCUCCCUAAAAACAACAAAAACUAUGACAUCCCAGGUUCAACAAAUUCAGGGUCCAGCAUGGUUAAGUUUGUAGUCUAUCUUGGCUGAAUGUUGCAAAAGGCGUGCUAUUUGUAACACUUUAAAAACCACUGGAAUAUGCUUGUAUUGAAAAUAUUAAAUCCUCGUUCUGUUGUAGACAGCCAAAAAAAAAAAAAAAACGUAAUUCACUGUCUUUUCACUGGGAGGUGCUAAGCGUCUUCUGUCUUCCCUGUUCACCUGACUGGAUGGAAAAUGGAACUUUAUUCCAUUUUGUGUUCGUACUGUUGUUAUUGUCUGUGCAUGUUCAUUAUGGUGAAUGCAAUUGUAAAUACAUUACUUGGGCAGCUUGUCAUUCAUAUAAAUUAAUAGCCUAUUGCCUACUAUUCAG